GAGCAGGAACAGUAGCAUUCCCUAACAGUAGACGUCACAAUGUAGCGCUCAUUAUCACCAUCGCAAAUUUCGGUUAAUGUAGUGGAUUUUGUUGAAGUGAAUUUAUUUAUGAUAUAACGAUGAGUUUCUCGGUUUUACGCUCAGGGUUUCCAUGAAAGGAUCCAAUGAGGAAUUUAAUAAUUCCAAAUUUGAAUAAUUUUGGAAUAUUCUGUGAAAAUGAGGUUCGCAAUAGUUUUAUCGAAAGCAAUUUUGUGGGGGGUGUUUUCUGUCAAUUGAAAGAUUCUUCGAAUACGUACAUAUCAAAUGGAUUCACUCACCUAAUAAGUUGUUAAAUGUUUCCUUUCUUCGGUUCUCUGCUCAUAUCUGCUCUGCAAUGAUAUACCGAUAAAAGAGCCAAGAGUUACUAUAAGUGAAAAAUGUAAUAAAUCAAAAAUUGUGAUAUACAAUGAGUGAUAGUUACGAAAUUUGUACGCUUUUGUCGUGUGAUGGGUGCCAAAGUUAAUAUAGCCGUAUGGCGAAUGAUAGUUUUUUCAACGAAACAGAUGAAGUUCUGAUGGACAAUGCUGGUUAUAUUGCAUCAGCAGUAGCAUUACUAGGUAUAGGAAUUCUGGGCUUUUUUCUUAAUCUUUUUGUGAUAAUCAUGAUGCUCAAAGAUAAGCAGCUUUGGACUCCUUUGAAUAUCAUACUAUUCAACUUGGUGUGCAGUGACUUUUCCGUUUCCAUCUUUGGGAAUCCAUUUGCUCUGCUUUCAGCAUUAGCUCAUGGUUGGAUCUUUGGAAAUACGAUGUGCCAAAUAUACGGAUUCUUCAUGUCGCUCUUAGGUAUUACCUCCAUUACAACGCUCACAGUACUUGCUUUUGAAAGGUACAUGAUGGUUUCAAGGCCAUUCCAGAAAUAUAUGAUCAGCAGAAAAAGUGCAACCAUCAUGGUCUUAGGAAUAUGGUGUUAUUCUUUGGCUCUAACAGUACCCCCUUUGGUAGGAUGGGGCAAGUAUGUUAACGAAGCUGCCAACAUCAGCUGUUCUAUCAACUGGGAGACACAAACAACAAACGCUAUGACCUAUAUUUGCUACCUUUUCAUAUUUGGACUGUUCAUUCCUGUCACAAUCAUAAUAUUCAGCUACGUAAACAUCGUUCUGCAAAUGAAACAAAAUUCUUUCAAAAUGGGCCAAGUAAGAAAAGCCGAAAAAAGGAUUGCUUAUAUGGUUCUUUUGAUGAUCAUCCUUUUUAUGGUAGCCUGGACACCUUAUGCAGUCUUAGCAUUACUUAUACAAUUUGGAGAUGCGUCCUUUAUAUCUCCAGGGAUGAGAGUCAUUCCGUCCUUACUGGCUAAAAGCAGUAUCUGCUAUAACCCAAUAAUAUAUGUUGGUUUGAAUGGGCAAUUUCAGCAAUCUUGGAGAAGAAGGAAGCAGAAUUCAUCGAAUAUGAGCGAGAGUUAUGCCGUUUGUGUAUCGAAAUACAUUCCACAAAAUACAGAUAGUCCAUUGAAAAACCAACGUAGUAUAAACUCUCCAGGAAUAGAAUUGAAGGGAAAUAGCCAAAGAAAAAUUGAAAAAUUGACAACUCAAAUCCAAAAAGUUAACAGUGUUCGAAAAAAUCCGCAAAACUGUCAAGUAACUCAAUUAUGAGUUAUGUUGCUUAUUUUUUCUUACAAGUACUUAGUACAUACUGAUGACGAAAAUUUGUUAGCUAAUAAAUAUUUUGAAUUUA